GAAAAAAAGACACUUGUCCGUCUCUCGGGACCGCUGCGGGGAACCACUCUCCCGCACCAGCCGCACCGCGGCGCUAGCAUCGAGCCAUCGCAGACGAACGAACUCUCCCGCGAAAACAAGAUGGCGUUCGACCUCGGAUACGAACAAGAGAAGAAGAUUCUGGUAGUGAUGACGGGAGUCUCUCUGCUCGGACUCCUACUCAUGCUGAUAUCGGUCAGCACGAACUAUUGGCUCUCUAUCGAUCUGCCGGACCGCUAUCACAAUAAGUCGCAGACGUACUACGUGGAGCGCCACUCGGGCCUGUGGCGCCACUGUAAGACGCUGCUGCACGACGAGACGGGAGUGAACGUAACCCGUGUGGUCUGCAGUAACAGGGACUUCAGCACGGACGAUGAUGAUCCAUCAGCAGUGAUCGAUGUUGCCAAUGAGAUAAAAGACUUUGCGCGCACGGAGGCAGCGUUAGCGAUCAUCGGGAUCGUCAUCAUGGCGCUGGCGAUCGUGUUCGCCGUCUACAGCUUCCAGGAGUCGCGAUACAUGUACAAGCGGCUCGCCGGAUGCGUGUACCUGCUCGCUGCCGCCUGCAUCUUCGUCUGCUGCGAGGUUCUCAUUAACUCCAUCAGCACGCUGAAGAGCGACCUUCUCCUCAUGCACCGAGGCUUCGUCUACAUGUGCACCUACGGCUACUCCUUCUACCUCGCGUGGCUCUCCUUCGGGCUGGUGCUUCUCACCGGCUGCGCCUUCAUGCUGCUCUCGAAGAAGCGGAAGGGCGAGCGAGCGUACACGGAGUCGGAGGCGCUCGCAAACGAACCGAUGCAACUCGGCAGGAUAUGAGGCGUCCGCAGCGCCAUCGCGCGGCCAAACGUGGAACGACUUCGACGCAAUAUGGCGCCGAGUCGCGAGGUCGACGAGCGGCACCCCGGCGCGCAUGCGCAAGUACUCUCCCUAGCGAGAGAGAGAGCGACGGAGGGAGGUCACUGAGUGAGCGAGGCGUGGAGAAAGCGGCGAGGGAGGGCGUGAAAAGCGCGGCGGUGCGGGUGCCGAAGCAUGGAGGCAGGCUCGACAGUCUGCGUGAACAGCGAGAGAUUCACUCACAGUCAUGAGGCGAAACCUCACGUCACCGUCUCCAGUACUACGCCCCGUCACGUUUUCGGGAACGGCUGCGGCUUAAUCCGGGAAAGAUGUUUCUCUCCCCCCCCCCACCUUUUAACGCGGCUUCGUUUAGACUGACAGCUUUGCGAUAAUCUCGCGUAGCCACGUUGAAACGUAUAUAAGCUCCCCCCCCCACCCACCCCCACAGCAAUGAAAUACACGUUGUCUCCUGGCUCUAACCGACACGAACAUUUCUCGUUGAUGCGACGAGACAAGGUGAAGUGUUUGCUAGCCACUGCUCGCCUCUGCCUCUUUGGCGGCGGCAUACGUGAUGCGGACUUGACGAGACAGGCUAUCUAAUUGCAAUCUAUAGCGACCGUGUAAAGGGACCUUCAAAGCAACGAGAUGCGAGACUAUCCGCAGACUUACAGAGAAUCAUUCACACACACGCGAUGCGAUCAGCAGU